AUGUGGGGAAAGUACCUGAUGGAAAACAAGGGGGUUUACACCCCGGGGAGGUCUGCCAGCGGGACCGUUAAAAAUAAAACAGGCCACAGACUGCACUACAAAGCCAUCAAGGUGAACUGUCACGGCUCAUGUGGGAUCUCCAACAAACUGAACGACGCCUCGUGGGCUCUGGAGGAGCAGUACUUCAACCGCACGGUCACGCUUGCCGACAGAGGAACCCUGGCGGCCGGCGAGCACACCUUCCCCUUCCAGUUUCUCAUUCCAGUCGCUGCUCCGACUUCCUUUGAGGGACCCUUUGGGAAGAUAAUUUACCGCGUGAUGGCGGCUAUCGACACGCCCCGCUUCUCUAAGGACUACAAAGCCCAGAAGCCCUUCUACCUGCUCAACAUGCUCAACCUAAAUGAGGUGACAGACAUUGACCAUCCGAAUGAAACUGUGACCACGAAGAAGUUCAGCUACCUCCUGGUGAAGACGGGGACCCUGAUGCUGAAAUCCGGCAGUGACCUGAGGGGUUACAUCCCCGGGCAGGUCAUCAAGUUAUCCACCGAGAUCCACAACAAGUCCGGGAAGGACACUGGAUGUGUGCUGGCCAGUCUCGUACAGAAAGUGACCUACAAGACCAAGCGGCCUGUGUUUGACCUGCGGACCAUCGCUGAGGUGGAGGGAGCUGGAGUGAAAGCAGGAAAGCAUGCGGAGUGGAGGGAGCAGAUCAUCGUCCCUCCUCUGCCGCAGUCAGCGCUGGCCGGCUGCAGCCUCAUAGACAUCGACUAUUUCAUUCGGGUGUCCCUGAAGUCCCCGGACGCGGUCGUCACGCUGCCCAUCUUCAUCGGGAACAUCGCGGUCAACUUGUCUCCGUCGAGGCCCGCGCUGCCCCGUCCAGACCUCUGCGGCGCCCCCGGUGCGGCGGGCGUGACGCCGAGUGCUCCGCCCGCGGAGGAGGAGCUGUGUGCAGGCGUCGUGGCCAGUGAGGAGAUUCCCACCAAGAGUCACUCGCAGCAGGAUCCCUCGGGUCAGCCGGUCACCACGUUCCCCGGCGCCUUCAGCCCGGCGCCGGGUGGAGCCCCGCCUCCCGGCUACAGGCGGCCCGACGCGUCCGCCCCCCUGUUCUGUGUGUCCACCGGGUCCACCAUACCCUUCUUCACCGAGGGAGACGUGACUCCUGUCCCCACUUCCUGCUCUCUCAUCCUCCCUCCAGAGUACAGCAGCUGCGACUACCCUCAUGAGCCCCCGCCCACUUACGAGGAAAGCUGCAGUAGCGCCAACCCCAGUUUCAAUGGUACAGAGUAGAGAGGAAGCAUCGUGGCCCCGACCAACCCCACCUUUCUGCAUUCGACACUCUCUGCAGAUCAAUACCGAGACAAGGACAGAGGAUGGACGAUAACUCCACGAACACCCCAAAGAUUGUGUCUCUCUUCUUCAAUCAGUAAAAAGAGAAAAGGAAAAGCGAUCUUAACUUAUAUUGAAUAUAAGUCCACUUUGUUCUGUCCCAUCAGAUAGACACGACAGGCGAACGUGACUGUGCCUAACAGAAGUGUUUGGGAUCGUCACAUAGCAUUUUGAACAUUCAGUGAUUUGUUAUGAUCCUUUCAAGGGCCGUGGUUAGAUCGUUUUAGUUCAUCCAAGGAAUUUUUGUAUCUGUGAUGCCUUAAAAGGGAUUUUUGAAGAGAUCCAUCGCUGGCUUUUUGUUGAAGUCUUGCUCCAGUUGUGCACUUGUUAUUGUGGUCCCCCGCUGUCUGUCUGUGUCUCAGCUGUCCUCAACAGCAACACGGCAGAAAUGUCUUCAUGCUGGAUGUCCAAACAUAGAACGAUAGAACAUCUUAAUAAUACCGGAUCCUAUACAUGUUGGCUUUAAAAAUGUAUGGGUCUUGGCAACACCAUUCAGUCUUUUCUUUAUUUAAAACAGAGGUAGACGUAAAAACAGCAAUCAAAAUAACUUGCUGGAGCUGCUUGCAUUGUUUAUCUAUCAUCAUGAACAACUGGAAAAUUUACAGUUAUUGUUACAUACAAAAAAAUAGUGCUUCUAAGCAAGAUAGAAUAUUGUAUAUUAUUAUUAUUAUUGUUGAACAACCAGCGUGACACUCCAUAAAACUGAGAGGUUUUGCUUGGACACCAGUUUUGAAUUGAGAGGAGAGCUUUUCUGCAGAUGAGGUUCCUUCCUCCUGCAGCUGGAUGCGGUGACUGCAGUGAUGACUCAGUCGUGUUCUGCCCUCUUGUGGUCGUGGCCGGUAUGAACUCAUAUCGAGCUCCUUGCUAAGUGAAAGGCUUCACCAGUCUCUGUUUCCGCAAUGCACCGAGUGAGGUGAGAUGUUUGAAUUGUUGAUUGAGCCGAAAGGACAAAAUGCGGUCUUAAGACGUGAUGCGGCGGUUUGGCGGCGAUGUUUCAGUAUGAAUGUUAAUUCCUGUCUGUUGCCUUAACGUCCUUCCUAUAUAUUCAGAAGAGAAAAGCAUCAGCGUGACGAUAUUUGAGCUCCUGACUGCAGACCACGUUGCCAAGUGUUUUCCGGAGUUUGUUUUAUGUUGUGGAAGACAUCAGCUCCAAGCACAGACAAACCGCUUUAACUGUCAGCCAGACGUCGGCGUCUUGGCUCUACAUCUUUGGGAGUGCAUGCCUUAAACUUGAAAUCCUUGAUUCUCACCACAUAUACGGGAGCUUGUGAUGGACUUCUCCUCUGUCGCGGCGUUGGGGUGUGCAGCUGUUUCCGGUUUUAUUUCCUGUGAACUGUGCUUAGUGCACCUGAUGUAUACUAAAACUGUGAGGACACUGGACCGUAGGGCUGUUUUUAUUCUUGUGUUAGAAAAUAUGUGCAAUUCCUUUCAUCUCCAAGGCCUCUGCAGCACCAACUCCCUGAAGGCAUGUCACGCUGCCCUCAUCGAUCCUGGUUCUGUUUAAUUAUCCUCCAUCAAAAGGUACUACAGCUUUAUGAAACUCCAAUUGUUCUGUGUGUCUUUUGUUUUUCCAUCCUUCCCCCCUCACAUAUUGAUGAGUGGUCUGGUUUUGUAAUUUUUCUACUUAUUAAACUGUUUACAGGUGCGUAUGCAGAUAAUUAAAGUCGCACCUCAAUCAGGAAAUGUAAUAUUUCAGCAUACAGUGAAGAAUCAGGUGUACUGUACAGUAUGAAAAUAAAGACAUAAGACGUGUUUUUGUUUA